CUUUUCUCUCUCCCUCCUCACCUCACCGCCUCUCUCCCGCUCCUCCUUACGCAGCCCCUCUGGCCGAUUCCUCUCUCUCUCCUUCCUCCUCACCCGUUUCACGGUCUUCUCUCUCUCUCUCUUGGGUUCCAUUGCAGAAGAAGAUGAACAAUCCUGAGAAUGAUGAUGAUAAUGAUGUUUUCCUUGAUGAUUCUGACAUUCUCCAGGAAAUUAAUGUGGAUGAAGAAGACCUUCCUGAUGUGGAGGACGACGAGGCUGCCUCUGACGCUGAAUUGGCUGAUGAGCCUGAUGAUUCUAUGCACAUAUUCACUGGUCACACUGAUGAGCUAUACUCGGUUGCCUGCAGCCCAACAGAUGCCUCAUUAGUAGCAACCGGGGGUGGAGAUGACAAAGGUUUUCUUUGGAGGAUUGGUCGAGGAGAUUGGGCUUCUGAGCUUCAAGGUCAUAAGGAUUCUGUGUCUAGUUUGGCCUAUAGUUCUGAUGGGCAGUUGCUUGCAUCUGGAAGUUUUGAUGGGCUUAUCCAAAUAUGGGACACUUCCACAGGAAAUCUGAAGUGUGUGCUUGAUGGUCCUGGAGAUGGAAUUGAGUGGGUCAGAUGGCAUCCUAGAGGGCAUCUUGUAUUGGCUGGUUCCCAGGAUUCUACUGUUUGGAUGUGGAAUGCUGACAAAGGGACCUAUCUUAACAUGUUUUCAGGUCACAGCAGUACUGUAACUUGUGGUGAUUUUACACCUGAUGGUAAAACAAUAUGUACUGGAUCUGAUGAUGCAUCUUUAAUAAUAUGGAAUCCCAAAACUGGUGAAAAUAUUCAUGCUGUAAGAGGCUAUCCAUAUCACACUGAAGGAAUUACGUCUUUGGCAAUAAGCCCUGAUUCAGCUCUUGCCCUUACUGGUUCAAAGAAUGGUUCUGUCCACAUUGUAAAUAUAUCUACUGGAAGGGUUGUUACUUCGCUGGCAUCUCAUACAGAUUCAAUUGAAUGCGUUGAGUUUGCGCCAAGUUCCCCUUGGGCUGCCACAGGUGGUAUGGAUCAGAAGCUUAUUAUCUGGGAUUUGCAGCAUUCAUCACCACGUUGUACAUGUGAACAUGAGGAUGGGGUUACUUGCUUGACAUGGCUUGGUGAAUCUAGGUUCAUAGCAACUGGUUGCGCUGAUGGGAAAGUUCGGAUAUGGGAUUGUCUAUCCGGUGACUGUGUAAGAACCUUCAGCGGGCACUCGGAUGUCAUUCAAGGUCUUUCUGUUUCUGCCAAUAAAGAUUUCCUUGUUUCGGUGUCGCUCGAUGGAACUGCCAGAGUUUUUGAGAUUGCUGAGUAUCAAUAAGCAGGAAAUCUCCUAGAGAUAACUACUUGCUCUCUAUCUAGUGUUUGAAAGUUUGGUGUAUUUCCUCUUGUAGGAAAUCAUGUGCAUUAGUGAAAAGUAGAUUAUUUCAUCUAUUUUAUUUGAAUUUAUUUGUCCUUGUCUAAUUAGUCUUUGUUAAAUAUAAUGGGACUUGGUUGUGUGAUAUGUACAAAUGUCAAGUUUCAAAAUUUUGGUUAAUAACAGUUUUGAUAGUUAUAACUGCAAAAUUUCAAGUUUUUGCUUACGAAGAACUGUUAACUAUGUUGUACUUGAUGGAAAUUUUGUUGAAAGGAAGUGCCUUUAUUUAA